AUUUGACAACUUGAAACACGAUUUAUUUAUUUCGGGAAUUGUGAAAUUUUUAUUUUUAAUAUAAAAUAUAAGACAAUAGUAUUGGUACUUAAAAUACCAAAUAAUCACUUGAAGCAAUAAAAUGGCACAAGCAUCAUUACCAAAUCCCAAUACAUUGUUGCCGCUCGAGUUGGUAGAUAAGUGCAUAGGUUCAAGAAUUCACAUCAUCAUGAAGAACGACAAAGAAAUGGUGGGAACCUUACAAGGCUUCGACGACUUCGUCAAUAUGUUGUUAGAUGACGUCACUGAAUAUGAAUCAACGCCAGAAGGAAGGAAAAUAACUAAAUUGGAUCAAAUCUUACUAAAUGGUAACAACAUUGCGAUGCUAGUACCGGGAGGCGAAAUGCCUGGUGAAUCAUACGACGGACAAUGAUAACGAUAUAGGUUAAAUAAAUGUACUUGUAAGAUUAUAAAAA